AAACCACCAAUGAUUAACAGUGCCGUCAUUAAAUCAUCCAUAAACAGCGAAAUAAAUUAAACAUCCACAAGACCGUACCGCGCUACCGGAGAACCAGCCUGCGAAAAUAUUUCCAUUCCGCGUGACUGCCCAACAUCGCCAGACAAAACAAACGGCGGGUUGACAGUUGCGGUGUGUUCCAUUCCUAUCACGCCGGAGGUGCUGAUUGAUAUUAUCGACACUGGAAAAAUCAAGUUCAAUGAGACCGCUGAGGCAUCACCGCCGACGAAUGACCAUCGACAGUCCAAUCACCAGCGGAUGCACGGAAAACCACCAACCGACGAUGAAAGCGGUGGUUAAAAAUUAAUACUCUGCAUGCAGGUGGCACUCGGGAGGUGGUAUUAUGUUGAGAUUGAAUCGACCACCACCGGCCACAUCCGGACAGCAGUUAAUGACAGCCGGUUUUACCGGGUAUUUUAGGGCCUACCGUCAGCUGUUGCUCUUGGUGAUCACUGCCGGUUUGAGCUCUGAUUUCGUCACCGGUGCUGCUAGUUCCAAUGGCAUCGACAUGGACGAUUGGCCUUCCCUUUCCGCAUCGUCGCAGCUGUGCGGAGGAACCCUAACCGCUAGCCAUGGCACAAUUCAGACGCCUAACUUUCCGGAACGUUUCCCGGUUCCGAUCAGCUGUACCUGGAUCAUCGAUGCCUCGGCAGUAGUCGGAGCGAACAACUCCAUUGUGGUGUAUCUUACCCAGCAGUACGUUCUCAGCGGGCUACGGUUCACCGAGUAUAUGUACUACAGUGAGGACUAUAAAGUGCCAAGUAUGAAUGUUUUUGAAUUGAGUGAAGACGAUGUGACCAAUGUACCGUGGAUAAAGUUCAACAGUCCGUACCUGGAGAUACGGUUCACCAUGGAUAACCUGUACGGGACGCAUCUGAGGGCGUUGGAUCGCUUGCUGGACGUGUACGGGUUUAACAUCACCUACGAAGUCGAUACCGUGAAAUCGUACCAGUGCAAUGCGCUGCAGUGCCGCUUCCUGGGUCACUGCUACGCGAAGCAGGAUUAUUCAUCCUACUACUGCGACUGCUAUCCGGGCUUCAGUGGCAUCGAUUGUGGCUAUGGACCGCUCUGCAAGGAUUCGCAUAUCUGUGAGAACGGAGGCACGUGCAAACACAUCGGUGACACCGCCGUCAGCUGUAUUUGCCCUCCAGGGUUCAAGGGCAACAAAUGCGAGAUAAGCGAGUACGACGAAAUUACAGGUUGCCAUCUGGAUAACGGAGAGGACUGCUUUCGCCAGUGCAUUUACACCGAGGACGGCGGCAAGGACGCUUGCAAAUGUGAUCAAAGCAUAUCGUCUUCCGCACGCGGUCGAUCCAAAUACGGAGUGACAGUGCGAUUGAUGAACGCAUCCUACUUCGAAACGAACGAAAACGGUGAUCGGCAGCUGAAUGAAAAUAUGGUCAACCUGUUGGAGAAGCAUAUUAGCCGCUUUCUAAGAAACUCGAAUUUGUCUAAAAUAAACGACCUGGAAGUAUUCUCUGGGAAGGCCAACAACGAGGUAACGAUUCAAUUUUUCGGCGCCAAAAUUGAUUCCGCACGGAUACGGGAAGCGAUGGAACGAAUGGUGGAGCAGCGGGGGCGAAGCUCCGGUUCUAGUUCCAGUAGUGGUAGCAGCAGCAGCAGCUCCAGCAUUAGCUUCGCCUCCCACAAACCCAUCUUUCGACAGGAUGCUGGUCUAAUGCUGCAGUCCGUGGUCGUCAAUCAGAAGAGCCCGGUGCGUGAGAACACCGAGUUUAUCCUGUCCUGCGUGGCCCAAGGAUCAUCGACGAUGACUUUCCGCUGGUACAAGAACGGUUUCUUCGUGAACGUGACAAAGGCCACACGCAACAUGUGGACCCGGCUGCUGCCCCUGGACUCCAAGGAUCACUACACGGCACUUUUGGGCAUCACCAAGGCGAGCCAGCUCGACGAAGGCAUUUACACCUGCCAGGUUAACGACAUGGGAAUGCAGCAGUGUCGCUCGACGAAAGUGCAAAUCCUCGGUGCCCCUCAGCUCCGAGUGGAUCCACCGAGUGUGACACUUUUUCGAGGCGACUCACUACUCCUACGGUGCCUCUCGCAGGACUCCGAUCAACAGUACGGCACGCUCGGAUACAGCUGGACAAAAAAUGGUGCCCUUUUCCAGUCAGCCCCCAAGUCCGAGAUGUGGGAAGAUCUCUAUCCAGACGGGAGCAUCCUGAAAGUGAAAAAUCUCCAGAAAUCCGUCGUCUACACCUGCAUCGUUUCGAACUCUGUUGCACCGAUUUCGAAAAGCGUUCACGUAACUGUCGUUGAGCCCGGAUCAGUGACACUGUGUCCGAAAAAUACGGAUUACGGAGUGAACUGGCCGGCAAGUGCAUCCGGUCCGGCAGCUCUGGCCGACUGUCCGAAGCGUGGCGAGGGACAGGCUAAAAGGAUCUGCGAGCAGAGGGAUUUCGGGCGGCCGGAAUGGCUAACGCCGGAUUUUUCCCAGUGCGUUCCGGACGCCGUCAUCGAGAUCGAGAAUGAGUUCCGUGGGCUUACUUUUGGCUAUCAGAAAACAAAUGGCACCAACGUGGUGCAGUCGUGUUUGGAAUAUGCGAUGAAACACUACGCCGGGUUCCUCCCCGGUGAGGGUGGCGUACUGCUAAGACUACUGCUCGAGAUAUUUCGCUACAUCGAAAACACCGGAACGCAACACGAGCAGGAAGUGGCAUCGGACAUCAUCCUACGCGUGGUGGACGUUAUUAUGCAGAAUAAAUUAUCAUUGAAUAAUCAACAGCAAAUCAAGCAACUACAAGAUCUAGUCCAAGCGGCAGCGUUGAACCGUGAAACCACCAUGGCCGCUCCGAUUUCCUCCUCCUCCUCGCUGUCGUCAUCAUCCUCCUCAAAGGCAUCCCUUGCUGCAACCACAACAGUGACACACCAGCUUAAUUCCUUCUACUUGUACACAGAGUCGGUCAAAGGAUUACCGUUCAAUUUACAAAUUUACGGUGAUCAACUGUACUCGGAUCAGCUGUACAUGGAGAUGGACGUAACCAGUUCGCUGCUAGAUAUCGUAUCCAACGGGACCGUCCUGGUGACCGUCAUUUCGUACAAAAACCUGACCACGUUUUUGCCCCGGUUCUACUUUGCCAAAAACAGCUUCGGAACGGAUAUCGAUUACAUCCCGGCAUCGAAAAUCAUAUCCACUUGGCUGUACUACGCAAACCGCACCGGAUACGAACCGAACCGACCGUUGCACGUGCCCCUCGAGUCGGCUCACGUGGAAAUCAUCUUCCAGCACGAGAACUCGCCGACCAGCGAGUGGAUACCGUUGUGCGGGUACGAUGCGAAGGCGACGUUUGAGCCAACCUGGCGCACCGAUCUCUGCAUCACCGAGAAUCUGAUGGAGAACAUCACCCGAUGCAUUUGCCCAUUAUCGGGCACGUUUGUGGUUUUGCUUGCCAAAAAGAACUACAACGCCUCGGUUACCAGAACCUCAGCCCGACCGAUUCUGGUGGUGAUGAGCUGUGGAUGUUGCUUCCUGCAGUCGUGCAUCGCAUUCGCCAUCAUGCUGCCGAUCCUGUACAGGCGGAGAUGCUGUGUAACCUUUUUAAAAAUGCAAUUCUGCUCCGCCACGUCGAUGGCGAUGGCAAUUUUCAUCCUGGGACUGCUGCAACUUUUCCCGCAAGAAUGGUUCAACGUGGUUAUCGCACUGCUGACCGCAUUUCUCCUCCUGAGCUCGUCAUCCCUGAUCGCCAUCACUGUACUGAUAACGACAGAGCUCGGUCCCCGGAAGCUUACGGCCGCUACCAGCACCCUGGCCACCGGAAUCUCUGGCAGCAUAGGACUAAGUUGGUUCCUCCCGAUCCUCUGCGCCACCUCGACACCCCUGGUGUACAGUGUUAUGGUUGAGGCACCGGCCCACUGGUGGCACACUACGGACUCGUUCGGUUUCAUUCUCUUUAUCGUCAUCGAGUUGCUGUUUGUGAUACUGUUUUUAUUGCUAUUUCUGACCCUGAUGAAGAAACUUUUGUACCUCGCCAAAAAGCAUGACAAGCACAACACUUCCAUACUGAGAAGGAUAGGACUGCUCUACCGGACCGCCAUGCUGUUCGUGUCCAAUGUGCUGUGUCAUUCGUUUUACUUGGUGUACUUGAACACCGAGGACUUGCUCAGUGGUUACGCCUUCAGCGCUAGCAGUAUUAUCAUGGGAUUCUGCAUCCUGUUCAGUUUCGUGAUAAAGGCUGAAGUGAAAGACGAAUCGGAAUCCACCAGUAGUAAAUCUAGUACCAAAAAUAGUUUAGAUGAUAAUUGUUGUUCGGGAUCAAUAAAUAGUCCGUUAAGUUUUUAUACUACCCAAGAUCUAGAUAAGGAAAAUGAAUGUAUGCCUUCUAGUGGCAAAACAACGAAAAUUCCGCUGACAAUACUGCCCUCACCUAAUCAGCCGCAACAGCAACACCAUCAUCAAACUCAGCUGCCCACCCAUAUCACAACCAUCGAGCCAUGCAUCCAUGGCGAUGGUCACAGUGUAGAAACCUAUUUGGGUGGUGGUAUUUCGGUGGGUACGACCAGCAUUUGCAACAUCGUUGCGCACGAGUAUGAAAGUGCAAAAGCAGCCGCGGUUACAUCGAGUCCCCAUGGUUUGUGUAAUUUCAAUGCAAACACAGCAGCGCGAUGCUGUGAACUGAUGGACCAACGGUAUCAUCAUCAUCACCAUCAUCAUCAUCAUCCGUCGUCAGCGGGCGCUGCAGCAGCAGCGGUGGGACCGAGUGGGAUCCCAAUGGAGAAUACCACGCUUUUAUCAACGACAGCAGUGCCUCCCCCGUCUGGUGGUGUGAUAGGUCAGUUCGAUUGGCACCAGCAGCACCAGCAACAGCAACAGCAUGAACAGUCUCAGCAGGCCAUUGUCGGCAUCAUGGGAUGUGGAAGUGCGAAUGGCAGCAGUGGUUUACGAGAAACCUCUUUUCCGCAUCAGGGCGCUGUCAGUGGCACAACGUAUUACAUCAACAACCAACAGCAACCGGAAACGAACGAGUUCGUUGGCGUUGGAGGACUGGAUAUACUGAAAGGUGUUGGCCAAGACAGCGUAAUUGGUAUUCGUAGCAUGGCACUGGACAUACCUGACCAAUCGGGGAGCAAAAAAACGACAUCGCCUCCACCAACUUCACUCUGUCUGCUGCAGCAGCAGCAGCAUCAGCCACCCCCAGUGGGGAUGGUAAUGAUGGUUGGAGCCCCCUCUGCACUGAUACCAACUAUGGCCUCUUUUCCUGUGGUGACAGCAGUACCCGCGGUAUCGCUUGCUCCCGUAGUGGUGGAGCAUCAUCAGCAUCAUCCAAAACCACAAACGUCGAUAGGACAACCGACCGCUUCCCAGUUAGUGGAGACAGUUACUGCUCCAAUCAUAACAGUAACUGGAACCGAUGAGCCACAUCGCAUCGACGGUAUGCUGGACCGUAUCUCACACGAUCUGGACUAUCUGCUAAAUCGUACCUCUGAGGUGCCUACCGUAGUACCUAUUCAGCUGCGGCAAACCUGUGGCAGCGCCAGUAGUAGUAGCAGUAGCAGUAACAUUGUAAAUAGUAGUAGCAGCAGCACUGCAACCAGUGGAACAAUGAGUGAUAGUACUGCACCCUGUCAGAAAGCGCCACUAAUUGCGACUUGCCACAGUGUUCACGAAGUAAUUAUUGAAGAGUCUGAAGAAGUAGAUAGCUAAAUGUUCCUCUCAUCGCGUUCUAAACGAAUGUCCCUCGCACUAAGACAUGCACUUUUUCUGGGUGAUAGGAUCCCCUUUAUACUGAUUGGCUCCAAUAUUCAUUUUCUCCCGAUGCUAAUGAAGACAUUUCACAAUUUACAUGGCGGUUUCAAAUAACAAUCUAUGAAAAUAGUUCUAUUUAUUUCGAUUAUAUAGGUUAUAGUCACAUAUUUCCGAAUGACGGCAGGAAAAUGUUCAAAUUAACCGAGAAAUUAAUUCUAAUAGGGUCAUUCGCCACUUUUUCGGGUUAGGAAAAUCCCUUUGAGCGGAAUUUUGAGCACCGGUCUCAGGUGAGCUACGUACAAGAUGAUAGACUUAGCAACUUACCAUCAAUUGAAAUAAGUCUAAUCUUUUCAAUUCAUGAACCAUUAGGUGAGUUUAGGAAACAAAUUAGAAUUGAAUUCUAGAGCUUUUUUUCAUUACAUCGUAUCUAACAGAAACGUCAAACGGAGAAAAUCGCGUUCAAAAAUUUCCUUGAAACUUUUAAAUUUAUUUAACAAUUAAAGCACACAGAAGGCUAUUAAUUCUACUAUCACCUCGGCAUUUACUCAUUGCAGGAUCGUAUAAGCAUAUUACAUGUUUUUCGCGAAAAUAAUAGAGAGAUAAUUGAUAACUGUUAUUUUAUUACAUUUUGCCGAUCACUUUUGCUAUUAUGCUCUUUUACAUAUGUGGUCUUGGCAACACCGUUUGUAGAUGGUACAUUUUACUGUGACGUUUUGAGAGACGGGCUUGUAGUUGUGAUAUAUUGCAUGUGCUGUAUUGCAACCGAGAGUGUAGAUAUGAGGUUUGGCAUUGGCAAAACAUACUAACUACAGUCGACUUGGAGAAACAUCACAACGCAAAACAUCACAUCUACAAAAUAUUAGCAAAGCUUGUGUAUACUAUAUGUGGCAUUUUGAAUUAAGAUUAAAUUAACAUAUAAGAGUUAUCAUUUUUCUCUAUUAUUUGUGGACGAUAAAGAGUCAAUGCUUAGCUUUUAUUUGGCAUAAUAAACUCAGUUUGUUUACAUUUGUUAGUUAUUAUGUUUUGAAUAAACGGUAUAGAAUUAUUCUCUUUUCUACCUGCCAGGAUCAAACAGUCGGUUAAACCUUUUGAUGCUUGACCUAACAAUGGCAAUAUACAAUCAUGUAUACCAUUUAUAAUUAAAUUGAACCGAUGUGGGUAAUGUCUGUGACAUAACACAAGUGUCGUGACUACACUUCGGACAUUUUGACAACUUUUAGCGCUGAUUAAGGUUAGUUUACAUGGUAAAGAAAAAAGUCAAUGCAGAAAGUAGAAGAUAUAUUUCGUACUUUUCAUAUCUUAGACCAAUACUUUAUUUGAGACGGCGCCGGUGGUUGAGUGGUAAGCGCCACUCAUUCCAAUUUGCCUGGGUUCAAUUCCAGCCGAGAUCGUUGAGAUUUUUCUGAGGUGAAAAAAUCUGUGGUCACGUCUUCCUUCGGAAGGGAAGUAAAGUCGUUGGUCCCCGGUCUAUGAGUUUGGUGAAUCGAUAUCUAGUCCAGAUAGUGAAGUCACCUCUCUGGCGUCAGUAAAGAAGAAGUGAUCCAACUUCUAUACUCUUACUAACAAAAAUAUCCUCCUCCUGUGAUACUUGUGGAGUGCGCAGUAGUAUAUACGGCCUCUAGCAAAAGCAAGUAUCGGACAAACCAUUGCUUACCUUUCCUUCCGCGAUCUACGUUCGGGCUUGGCCGGCGCCGGUAUUGAUCAAUACUUUAGGAUUACCAGGAGUUGCACAUUGAAAGAUGUUUCGCUAUUCACAAGCAUAAUUAUCUACUUAUUCUCUGUGCAACUUAAGCUAGUCCAGAUCAAUAAUGGAGUAGCAGCCAGAGGUGGUCGCACAAGCUCAAGCUCAAGCUUAGACCAAUACUUUAUUUGAUUGAUCCAGUGGUUUAAUUUGAAAUCUGCAAUAUACUACACAUGGUAAAAUUAUAACCGGUUGACUACCUACACCUACACCAAUCACGCCAUGCUAACAGAAGUCAGCGGCAUCCAAUGAGCUUUGAAUUCAGCACAAACAUCAAAGGUUCCAAACCACCAUAUUUAUCAUAAAAAAUAAUUUUCCCAUUCCAACAUGUUUAUUCAAAUCUAAUGAUUCUGUUGAAGUCUCAAAUGAAAGGUACAACCUUCCCAUCCGCUGCUAUUGAAUUUUGAGUCGAUCUGAAUUCCGGUUCCGGAGUUACGGGUUUUAGAGUGCAGUCACAACAAAAUUUCUUAUACCAACUGGUACUACUUUGAUAUCAAAAUGAUACAAAACUUUGUAAAAUGGAUGUCAAGCUAAAAUUAUCGAUAUUUGAUACAAUCUCGAUCAAUUGACAGUGUCAUAUGCCAUUCGACUCAGUUCGUCGAGAUCGGAAAAAUCUUAAUGUGUGUGUACAUGUUUUUUUUUUACUUGGUGGUAAAGCCAUUACGCCGACCCAGCACACGUUUAGUAGUUAGACCAUACUACCAAUUUCGUUCAUCGUGUGCCAUAAUGUGGGACUCUGAACAGAGAAGAUAACUCUGAACCCUACUCCUCUAAACUCCACCAAGGAGUCCAACAUUUGCCUGAUCCCCCGGAUUCCAUUUGCAAUGACUACUUCGGGGGGAGGCGAGCUAAUGUACUUCGCUUGAUUCCAGAUCUAGCUGGUCGUGCUAGUUCGCUGGUCUCAUAACCGCCAAAUCAGUCCUGCACGACAUGAUAUGCGCUCCUCUAUACGUUGAUCAGUUGGAUGCCGUGGUCGAUGCUACUCAGCCUAGUCCUCGACGGUGGAGCUACCUCGGCGGAGAGUUCCGCGACGAAAGAAUGUCUCCCGCAACCGUUGACGGACGCUUAUUCUUGCUUCGAUGCAGUCCAGUAGAAUGCCGAUGUCAGUCCAGAGAUUCCGGGUGGAGGAUUGCGUCCGGUUCACUGGUGCUCUGACGAUUCAAGCCGGCGAUUCACUACGGACUACUCAGAAUAGUCUUCGACGACGGAUCUUUCUUACACUUAAAACGAAUCUUUGUGAGCGUAAUGCAUCUUUUUUUUUCUCUCUCGAACUGUGAGCGAAAAGCUCCCAAAUGAUUCGUUAGUGUUCAACCAACCUCAUACUUAUGCAAUACAAUAUCGUACCCCAUAGCUACACAUUGUUUACACAGUGAAGAGAUAACUUGAAUAACACAGUAGAUAUACAUACCAACGUCUCUAUGCUAUCGCACGUGUGAUCGCUGCUGCAACGAUGAGAAGUUUAUAUAGCUCAUUUGAACGGCUACUCGUCAUGUGUCAUUGUGGCCUAGGGUGUAUAUGGUCAAGGCUUCUGUCUGUCACGUUACAUUUUUACGCAUAUUUCAUAAGAUAAGUUAGCAAAAACGUUAAAACCAGAUUCUACCACAACUGCACAUUAUUAAGGUCACUAAACCGCACAUUUUUUCUACAGAAAGUUUUUUUCUAUCAUGAACCGUUUCUAGUCUAGUCUAGUCUACACAUACACAGCCAACACAUGUAGGGAUCCUGGAAAAUUGCAGACGUUCGUCCACUAUUUUUCUUGUCAUUAUUAAUGUUUGUGGCACAUAUUGAAUAUGACACAAGCAUUAAAGCGGCCAGGCCAACUGUGCAGCGUACAAAAUAAAGAUGAUUCAAAAUUAUACGACAAUCAAAUUAUUCAUUCAAUGAAUAAUUUAAUCAACGGAUUAUUUUAAACCAUGAAUAAGGAAAAAACGUGGACAACCGUACAUAACCGUUUCAAUUUGAUGGGGGUUUUAUAAAUCGUUGGGAGUGACUUUGCUAAGAGAUUUAAUGUCACUCAUUUGGUCCUAGGUUCCUGGGAUGGGACAGCGACAUAUUUAGCCCUGCCCUGGCUAAUGAGCCUAGGUUAUAGCGCCCUUACUCGCUCUUUUUUCUAUCAUGAGCCGUUUUCACUUUAUUGUCAUUUUGAUACGUCUGUCACGUUACACAAUUUUCGCAGUUAGUUUAGAGGCUGCCCGACUAAAUUGAAAAAGUCUGUUCCGUUGACCCCCAAAUUUGCAUGAACACAGUUUUAAGUUGAAGCUUGGAAAACAAGGAAGAGUUUGAAAUAUAGUUUUCCUGAAGAAAAACUUUGUUUUUCGAUUUUAUGGAGAAUUCUCAAUGAUUUGUCACGUCACAACCAGAAUCUGUCACGUUACAGUAUUGCAUUUUUUAUUGAAGCAAGGAUAUCAAGACAGUUGUACACAAAUCAUCCUUGAUCUAGGAACUGAGUAUUAACGGGAAAUUUCAUGUUUAUUUUGAAACAAAACAUGUCGGUUUUGAUGAACAAACGUGAAUAAAAAAUAUUCACACAGAAGAAUUAAUUCCCUAGAACUCGCUAUCAUAGAGUUUUGCUGUACAAAUGGCAAUUUUCGAACAAUAUAUUUUGAAAGUAGUGCUUUCAAUAUCUCAUACGCUCUUUUGAAAUAUUACUCUUGAAUUUGUUUGUUUAAUAUUGCAAAAUACUUAGUCUUUCAUAUAGCUAAAACGUAAAAAGUUUCAGAAUCAAAUAUGAUCACAACUCUUGACGUAAUUGAAUCAAACUUGAUGAAAUUGCUUUACUGCAGAAAACAUAUAUCACGUUACAUAAGAUCAACUGUGUUUUCUUAAAAAUGAAUUAAACUUCAAGGUUUUCACAAUACAGUUUCAAAAAGUAGACUCAAAGUAGCAAGAAAAAAUUCAGGUUAGACAUUGUAUGCAUGCUUUUAGUGUGGUCCUCAAAACUUUUUCGAAUUUUUGAUCUGUCACGUUGCUAGUUUUUUGGUUUUUAUUACUUCACAACUGAAAAUAAGCAAUAAUCCAUAUUCAUCUCAAUUUUUCAAGCAAUAUUAUCAAAUUUAAAUUAGGCUACGCUAAAAAAAUGACGCUGCUGUUCCAGCCGUCGCUCAUGCAGUUGCUCUAUCCAGACCAUGCGGUGAGAGUACGAGAUGCGUGCAUGUUUGAGGUUGAACCGGUCAUGGGAAGACAGAUUUUUUUUUGAAAUUUAUGUACCUACUUGGAAUGCUAGGUUGGUUUAUCGUUCGGAUCAAAUUAUUAAGGUUUGAAGAUCAUUACUUUCAUUUAAAAUAAUUUGUGUGCUGCUGCUGUAUAUUUAUUUUAACUGUAAAUGGGUUUCGGGUCGUCAGAUUUAGCUUACCUGUUCAAUGAACAGGCUGAACGUACCGACGCACAGUGGCUGGAAGCUGGCCAAAACCUCAAAAAAUUAUUUUUGAAAUAUUGAUAUUUAAUAUUUUUCCUGAAUUUCUCAUAUAUUGUAUGAUCUAUAUUCAAAUGAUCAUUGGACAAGAACACGAUUUUUAACAUGAGUGUAAACGUAGCAAAGUCCAGGUUUUUUAAUGAUUUUCAUUUCCGAAACCACCAUUGCUCUGUUCACUUCAAAUGCAUGUUGCUCUCUUGAUUUUGGUCCGAUUUUAGCACAACUUGUUUCAUUGUGUAGAGGAACGAAAGAACUUGGUUUACGAAUAAAAUACGUUUGGCAAAUUUGCUUGGAACUAUGACUUUUUAGUUCAAAUAUGUUUGAGGUGGUCAGAUCGCAAAUACUUUUUUCACUAAUGUAUUCUGUACAAAUUUCGGAAUCAUUUCGGAACGGUCACAUAGAAUACAUUCUAUGGGAAAUAACCUCUACUUUUCGAAUAUCAUGGUCUCGUUCUGCGCCUAGGUGCGCAAAAAGGUUUAAGGAGAUUUUGAAGCUUUGUUGCUGAUAUGGAGGUGCAUGGUUUUUUGUGUAAAAUAGUUAAACAAUCUACAGUAAACCAACACGUUAUACAAUGGAUUUAAAGUAGUGUUCUUCAUUUUUUAUGAUAUUGCUGACAUUGGUGAACAGUAAUAGAAAAUCUAUCAUGAAAACUGGAUCAUAGUUAUAAGAAAGGUUCAAUGACACUGUAUGGAAAAAUGCAUUUAAUAAUUUUCGACUUUUGACAUCAAAAAUGAGCUCAGCACCUCAAAAUUAGCUUAAAUUGUGAUUUUCAGCCAAAUUAGGUAACGUUUGAGGUUUUGUCCGACUUUUGUUUAAAGACCCGCCACUGUGCGACGCGUCGCCUCUGAAUUAAAUAAUAAUACAUGUACAUGUAACAUCCAACUUUAUUUUAGUGCAUGUACCCGCUAAAGCAUUGAUUUUUCCCGCAUGACAUGCUACAAACAACAUUUUGGAGAAUUUCAGAUGAACUACAAAUAUAAUUAAAACAAUUUGCUUUAAUUCUGUAAUGAACAGUUGCGCACCUAUGUGAUGAGUUCAGCAUUUCAUCAAUUGAAAUGCUCCCGUCAAUAAACUAAAUGUAGCGUGCAUACUUUAUCCCCAUUCCCCCUAUUGAAAUGAAUCGGGACAAAGGAGUAGGUAUGCGUUAAAUUAAUUAAUUUUAAUUAAAUUAUACGCCGGGUCUUGGGACCGUUUGUUGAUGUGCUUCUUUUGGGAGAAUAUAUAUUCGGAGGAACAGGAAGCAUCGUGUUUCCGGAAGAUUGGCAACAGGUAAAAGAGCGCAUGAAAUAAAUCAGUUCGUUGCUAUGUGUGGUUAAUUAGGUUGAAUAAGCGUAAUAUGUAGCAACGUGACGUGACGUAUCGUGUUUCCGAAGCAAUAUGGUGCGGUGUGAAGCUAAACUGACAACAUCAAACUGGAUUGAUCAAUGAAACAUAUAUAUGUAUAAUUAUUCGCGUGUUUAAUCCGCUGGUAGUGUUCAGAGGACAAAGGUAUGGUGUUGUGCCGGGACAUGUUUCGCGAAAACAUCAUGCCUACACGUGUCCUAGCCAUUAUUGUGAGGUGAAUUUAAUUGUUCGGAUUCCAGUAUCGUUCGCCCACAAAGCUCUGAAUUGAAAAUUAGCUAAUGGGUGCUAUUAUCUUAUGAUGAUGGUAUGUAGCACACAUAGUGUCUGAACAAUGUAUCCAUCUUCACUCGUGAAAUGAGACAUUAUAAACGGAUUUAAUUUUCAGCCAAUUGAUGUAAUCUCAUUACAACUCUGAAUCGUCAGCGUUUAAUGGUAACUGAGGACACUUGUUCUCUGGGGGUCAAUCAAUCAAAUAAGCAUUUAAUUUAAGCAUACAUGAUUUUACAUUUUUAUUCGUGCGAUGUUACGCGUCAAAUCUUUUUCAACCAUAUUGAGAUAAAAGUGAUUAGAGAAGCACAGUUUUCUUUUAUUUAUUGAAAAAGUACUUUUCUAUCAAUGCGCAAAAUUAAUUAUUUCAACAUUCGUUUCAGAGACUACACCAAGUCGUGGGCAUUUGUGAAAAUAAUAACUAUGCAUAAAAAUGAAAUAUACAAAUCACAGAAAUACGAAGAAAUUAAGAAUUUUCAUUCAUACAGCCAAUAUAUUAUAAUUCAACACAAUGACAUAUUUCAAAUGAAUUUCAACCAACUUUGUUCCAUAAAUUGUAGCUUGCAUUAUUUGCAUCCGAUUUAUGUAUAAAUAUGUUUAUGCCAUCGCAUUAAACUCAAAUCUAUAGGCAGAAUUAAUGCCACUUGCCAGCCGGGCAUCCAUUCAUUAUCCUUUGAUAAUGCUACAAAACCUGCAACAGACCUGUUGGUCCACGCGGAGUCGCCGCAACGCAAGCUGUUUACGCCUUUAAUCCGUUGUUCGAAUUCCGUGCGCGGCGACGCACUGUGGCGGAUUUCCCUAAAAACCUGGCCAAAAGUCGCAAAUUGCAUGGUAGUACUUUGGAUUCUAGUACACAUAUUGUCCUUCAGAUGGUGCUACUGCAUGCUAUUUUCAGCGAAACGCUCCAAAAUUCACAUAUUUGAGGUAUUGGUACAUCCAAACAUAUUGUUCAUAUUUUGUUCAUAUUUAUAUGGAGCUCUCGAAAUUUUAAUAUUACUCAAGUCUAGCUGGAUAUUGAUAAGAGGGUCGGUUUCGAAUUUAAAAUAAUGAAAAGUUAUACUGACGGUAUGUACUUUAUUUAUAUCUAUUGAUGUCCAAACGAUAUUAUUUUGUUUGUUUAUAGAAAAUGUCAAAAACUUUCGCGCUUUUGUAGUAGACGGUUUCAACCAAAGUUUUUGUUAAAUAAUUGAAAUUCUUUUUUUGUCCACGUAUGUCCACUAUGUUUCAAGGUGAUUUGUGUUCCCCGUAGGAUUCUCCAUUUGACGAAUUUCACGCUAAAUAGUAUUCAGAGUUGGUAGCACCCUCUCAGAUUUUAAUAAAACUUUCUGUACAUGAAGACUUUGUCACAAAAAGCCACUUUGCAUACUUUGUUUUUUCCAAAAAUGAUCUAGACUGUCUUUUGAAAAGGGUCAAACUUUUUUACUAAUUUUUUUCAAAUGACUACAGUCUAAAAAUGACAAAUCCUACAAAAAAUGUUGUAGGAGUGAUUUUUACAAAUUUUUGAAUAAAAAUAUUUGAAAAAAGUCUUCUACACUGAAAAAAAUCGAUUUUAAAAAUUUAAAGUCAAUUUAAAAGAAAACGUCUUCGAUUUGGAUGAAAUUUUGUUCCACGAUAGGUAAUUAUGUUCAUUACCCACCGUCAAAAAUUCAAGUUAAUUGAAGAAAUGUCUUCCUUGUCCAAACUGAUUUUUUUUCAGUGUAUUUUUAUCGAAAACUAAAGCAAUGAAAGUAAUAAUAAUCAUAGAAUGCAAUAAAACUCAGUUUGUGAGAAGAUAUUGUCUAAUUCGGAGCUAAUUUAGUAGCUCUACUAAGUAUAUUUUUAUUACAGACACUUUAUAUAACAGAGUGGAGUGGAGUGGAGAGAAAAACAGUAAAACUAGCAACCAUGAAUGUAAACUGGCAUCACGGAAGCUCCCAUAAGAUUUGCAUGGGCUUCCUCUUGCACUUCCCCUCUCAAAACCCUCAUGCUCGUUUGGCUGCACUUUUUGACAGUCCGUUUGGCUGCAAUUUUUGACGCUUCGCUAGUCUGUGUAUAACGUGUCUGUAAUCUUUAUUAAUCAAGAAUCCCAUAGUAAAGAGUUUAUCUCAUUAACGUGCAAAUUAGAGAUGGGCGGGCACGGGUAUUUUUACCCGAUACCCGACCCGAACCCGUACCCGUAGGAACCGGGGCGGGUUCGGGUUUUGUUAUCACCGAGUACGGGUCGGGUCGGGUACAUUAAAAAAUAAUUAUUCCGGGUACGGGUCGGGUCGGGUUUUUUCGAAAAAUUGUGCACUUACCCGUUCUUGAAUGUUUGGAUGACCUUUUCCUUCAAAAUCAAAAAAUGAUAACUUAUCCCCGUACAAAAAUAUUAAAACAAACAUAAUUUUCCAGGAGCGUGUAUCGAGUGAACGGGACUAUCCGGGAGAUUUUGAACUGGAAGUUCAUCAUUUAGAAUAUUUCGUUUGAAAAAUUUUGCUGUUCAAUGAAACAGGGAAACAUUUAUCGCUUUUUGUGAAGUUUCUCGAGCAUUUUUGAAGCAUUAAUGUUGUAAAUUUCCUUCAUUCCACUAUUCAAAAAGAAAAACAAGUACAUGGGAAAGAUAUGUAGUGUAUGACUUCUAACGAUCUGUUCAAGGAAAAUAGUCUAAAUUAACCACCAAACAUCAAAAAUUGUAGAUUUUUUAUGAUUUUAUUGGCAAAAAUGUUUAGGGUUACUACAAAAGUUUAUUUAAGAAGCAAUGUUCACAUGUAUAUGCUUACACGAGAUUAUUCCAAUUGAUCCAAAAUAUGCUGAUAAAUUGUACCUUUCUCAAUUGCAAGAUAACCCGCUAAAUGUUUGGAAUAAAAUUGGUGUUUGUUUAGAUUUUUGGGAGAAUUAAUCUCAUCUCACAUUUACUUAAAGAGGUCUCAUAUAAGCUUAAAUAUACCCCGAUUUUACAGAAAGGUAGUAUUGGAAAAAAUGUCCUCACAUCACGGAUGUUGUGAGACACUAAGUAAACAUAGGAACUAUGUAAUUUUGACCCAAUCACACUUUCGGUCGAAAAUAAGCUUUUCCACUUGAACGUUUUCGUAUGUGUUGUAUUGAAUAUUCCGGAAAGCCAUACACAACGUCACAAAAAGCCUGCUUCGGCAACGUUCAAAAACUAUGAUGAAAAAACCUUUUUCAAAUCGUCUAUUGCAGUGAUUAUCAACUUGCGGUCCGCGGACCCCUAGGGGUCCGUAAAGUCGUUGCUAGUGGGUCCGCGAAGAAAAAUAUAUUCUCCGAGUGCAGAUUGAAAUUUCAAGUAUUUCUCCUAAAAAACUGAAAACAACAUAUUGAUAGCAUACAAAAUCGAUGUUUAUCCGCGGGGGUCCGCAGCGACCCAGGGUGAUUUAUAAGGGGUUCGUGGUACGAAACAGAUUGAAAACCGCUGGUCUAUUGGCUCGACGCACAAGCUCAACCUUCUGGUAUUCACGUGAAUAGCUCCCAAAAUGAGCAGCCGCUGAUGCUCAAACAUGAUUUUGCUGGAGAUUUUAAGGGUGUUGUACUAGAUACAAUGGUGCGAGUUUUAGAACAACAAAGUCGUGGAUGUUUUCAAUAUAUUUGUAAAAAAAGAUAAUGAAAGAAAAAUCAUUCUCAACACGUGCUCAUCGAAUCCUGCGCACGCAAUUAACCAGUGCGGACUGCGAUUCUUUUCCUUGCUGGCGGGGCGUUUUCAGUAUCCCUGAUAAUAUCUGAGGUUCGUUUGGCCUAACCCUUCGAAUACCUUUGUCGACCAAAACAUGUCAUCAAUACAUCAUUGAAUGUGAAAUGAUUCCGAGAAUUAAUGGCUUAAAUAUUUUAUAUAAAGGCUACUCUUAGGCUUGAAAUUUAUGUAAAGAGUUUCUCUGUCACAUAAGAUUUUAAAAGACUUUUUUCUGAAUUGUUACUAAAAAUGAAUAAUUUACAAUAAAUUACUUUUUUUGACUUUGGUCGCUCUUAACCCCUUAAGUUGUUGAUAUUUAAUCCGAACAUGUUAUACAUUUUUGUUAUUAGCACAUCAAAACCUUUCAAAUGGUGGGUCGAUUAUGUUGAUUGAAAGUUUUAUUCCUAAGACUACAAAAAGUUCCAAAAACACGUUUUUCAAAAAGCUCAAAAACGAUUCUACGAAAAAGAAAAUGGAUAUGAUUUUCGCGUUCAGCGACCCAAAAUUGGCAUUGAAAAUGCCUUUUUUCUUAGCUUACUGCAAUUACCAGAAAAUUGGUAAACUAGUGUAAUAGAAGAGCCCGGGCCUGUUUGCGGAAGGCAUAAGUUGGCAGAGUUCCUUUGGCUUCGUUUCUAUUAGACAUCUCUCGUUUUUUACCACAAAUUAUGUAAAAUAUGUUUUCGUAUAUUGCAAUUCAUUUUAUUUUGUAAAAAUCAUGGGUGCAGUUUUCAAACGUAAUAAACGAAUUUCCUUAAUGUUGUGGGAUUUGUGUUAUUUCCGGUGAGUUUUAUUCUAUUACGUGAAUGAUAAUAUUUUUCAAUAAUGCACAAUCUACUUAAAUAAAAGAGAUAAAAAAUGAAAAUUCCGCCAACUAGCACCGGGCUUCCCUACUCUUUCGAAUCGAAUAGGUUAAAUUUAUUUAUUGAAAAUCGGGUUCGGGUCGGACACGGUUUUUAAUUUAUUUUAAUUUGGAUGCGGGUCGGAUUUGGGUCGGGUUCGGGUCGGGUUCGGGUUCGGAUUUUUUUUUACCGGCCCGGGUACGGGUCGGGUUCGGGUUUUAUAUUUUUAUAAAAUCCGGGUACGGGUCGGGUUCGGGUAAGCUUACAAAAAUAAUAUUCGGGUUCGGGUCGGGUCCGGGUACGAAAAAAUCCAUACCCGCCCAUCUCUAGUGCAAAUGCUUAAGCCUUUCGCGACCAUCCACGGCAAGCGUAGGCCUAACAACUCUCGCGCUCGCACGAUCAUGAAUCGGUCACAUCCGGAAGUUUCUAUUUUUAGUAUCAGCAGACUAGGUCCAUGUCUUCAAUAAAACAAAUUAAAAAAGAAAAAUUUCAUAUCCACUGGACAACACGUUCCAUGGCGACAUGGCCGGGACGCUUCAGUGAUAUGGGGUAACUCACUCCCUGUCAGAACAUGAAUUCUACACCGUAAACUAAAUAUCAGAAUGACGGUCCGCGUGACAAUCCAAGAACGAACGCGAAUAUGUGAAUGGACACACGGUUACAAAUUGCACAUGCACGUGAGCACACAACAGCAAAGUCCGUGUUCGCGCGAUCAUGAAUCGGUCACGUCCGGAAAUUAUUUCCCUUCGUCCUAGCAACUUAGGUCCAUACAUUCAGUUGGACCAAUCAAAAAAUAAAGUUCACAUCUACUAGACUAGACAUGGCGACAUGUUUCCCGCGCUUUCGGUUGUGAAUUGAGCAGUGUUAUACCGUUCGACGCAUGCAACUGGAUCGAUUGGACGGAAGGCUGUGAAGCGCUCGUCAUCAAUGAAAGCGUGUCAGAUAUUUCGCGCGAGGUAACAAUAUAAUAAUUGCAGGGAUUGUUGGAGUAGAAAAUUGAAAAAAAAAACAUGAUCGAAAAAGAGAAGGAAAAGGAAUCCAAAAUAAUGCAAACGUGGUUGUCGCACAGCUAAGCAACCAAAUGAGCCGGAAUGCACAACUUCAAUUCCACACUCUGUCGAUGACGAGGUCACCGAAUAAGUCAUUCGCAAGUACAAAGCCAGACGCACACAUGUUUUUUAAACAUUUUUUGCCACUUUUUCAUUUUCUUGCCUAUAUGUCGUUAUUGGCAUGUAUUAUUUGUGUUAAUAUUUUUUAAGUAAUCUGCAGUAUUCACACUCUUUAAACAAUAGUUUAACUGCUGAUUUUCUAGGUGUGUAUAUUGUUUUAUUUAACCUCGAAUAUUGUGAUCUAUCGCACCCCCAGAUUUUAAAAAUAACGAAAAAAAGUUCUUUCCCAUAAUUGUAUUUAGCUUGAAAAAUAUUUAGCCAAGCAUAACAUCAUUGUUGCCAAAACGUUGCCAGAUGUAUAACCUUUCCAACGAAUGUUUGUUUGUCAAAAUCAGUGCAAAAAUAUCAUCGCACGAGCUCGUCAAAACAAACUGACCUACUUGACCACACUCUACUCUAUAGAGGCGCAGAACAUCUGUUGUUCAUUUUGUUAAAAACAAUAGUUUAAAAAAUAUACAAAACCGAAACUUUUCAGAACACGAAAUAUCACGAACAAUCUGUGUCUUACGACAAUUUCCUUACUGUUGAAAUCGGUCAACUAAGUUGCCAGUAGUAUUUUUUUUUAAAUGAACGGUUUAAGGGGUGACAUACCUUUUUUAUUUUUUGAUCAUCGUAAAAAAAUUAUUACUUUAUCUGAAAGUACAACCCCUUGAAUAUAUUUUCCCAAAUUUUAAAAUAUUCGAGAAAAAGAUCAAAAGUUACAGCGCUUCCAAGCGCGCUUUGUCUACCAAGAGCAGUGGUAACUUGAAAUUUUAAACUCGAUUAUCUCGAAAUGUCGUUUUUUCCAAAAAUUAUUUUUCCGUGAUCAUGAUUGACGAAAAACCACUGAACCGAUUUUCUUCAUUUUUUUUUUUCAGUUGAUCGUAAUCAUUUUUUCUCGUACCUUCACGAUUCCUUUUUUAUGCAUACAUUUUUGUUUUGUAGAUGAGAGUUUUUAAAUACAAUUUUAGGGGUGGACGUAGCGUAUUUGGUAAAUCGAUUGCCUUGCACGUAGCGCACCUGGGUUCGAGUCCCAACCCCGCGCAUAGGGUUAGAAAUUUUUCAUAAAAAAAUUUUCUAACCCGAAGAGGCGAAUGACCUUAUGGAUAAAACCUCUAUAAUCAAAUUUAAAAAAUACAAUUAUUAGAGGUUAAAACAGCGAUUUUUUAGGAAAAACGUUCCCGAAUGCAAGAAAAAAAGACGAGACAUGAGAACUUUGUCAAAAAAAGUCACUUUGCAUACUUUGUUUUUUCCAAAAAUGAUCCAGACUGUCUUUUGAAAAGGGUCAAACUUUUUUUACCAAUUUUUUUUUGAAAUGGCUGUAGUCUAAAAAUGACAAAUCCCACACAAAAAUGUUGCAUGAGUGAUUUUCGCAAAAUUAGUCAUUAGUCAUUUUUUGAAUACAAAUAUUGAAAAAAAUUCUUCAUUAACUCCUACACUGAAAAAAACCGAUUUUAAAAAUUUAAAGUCGAUUUACAAAAAACCCAUAUUUGAUUUGGAUGAAAUUUUGUUCCAAGAUAGGUAAUUAUGUACUCUACCUACCGUCAAAAAUUCAAGUUGGGCACUUUCAAGGAAAAAAAGUUAUUUAAAAAAAACUUUUCCUUGCAAAGCUUAAUUUUUUUUUAGUGAAAGUUUAUCGAAAACUAAACCAAUGAAAGUCAUAUCCAUCUCAGAAUCUAAUUUCCCAACUGCUAGUUAUCAGAUACAUGCAAAAAGUAUCAGUAACGAAUUUGGUAUAGCAUCUUGGACUGGACUGGAACGAGGCCAAAGGGAUUAGUUUAACGGAAAUCUAGCACUAGAACACUUAGCGCACGACCAGACAACAUGUUUAAUAUCGCGAUAACCGCCACCACAAGCGCAGAGACCGCUCUCCACGACCCCAAUACACCGGAGAUGGGUCUAAAUGUCUAAAAUCUAAAUGUCUAAAUGUCCAUCUUCUCAAUAUCAUUCUAAUCCAAGAGCCGCCUUCUCAUUACCCGUAAUGGAGCACUGCGAAAGAAUUCAAACUAAGGUAAUCUGCUAGAUUUUUUCAGAUUUCCCCUGUUUUCUCCAGGAAAUACAAAGAGUGCUUUUCGUGCUCCAUGAAACAGAGCCUGUAACUGUAACGAUGUGGGCAUGGUCGUUGAUAGGUAAAUAUAAAACCAUCAGUUUUGUGGGGAGAAAGUUGGCAGCACAGACUCUUUUAUGAUUGCACUCACCACUACUGUCUUAAUAAUUAGCAUAAAACCGAUGUAUAGCUGUCAUCAUAUGACGAACGUGCCGUGUACUCCUAUCACAGUAUGAAUCAAAAACACAACGUAGGCCCUAGCCGUUUCUUUGAAGAUCCGUCCGUUAAUCCGUCGGCGGACCGAUGCCAAUAAUCGCGUUUUUCAGCUUUCAUCAAGUUUUUCAUUUGCAUUUGUAGCGUCGCAUAUAUUAUGAAAAAAUCGAGCAAUCCGGCGUUCAAAAGUCCCUUUCGCGUACAAUUCUAAGCAAUCUCUGCCCACCACGAAGUAGGAGACUAUUCACUAGACUGGUUCAAUUUUUGACUUUUAGCUCCACCAGGCUCUACUGAUUCCUCUUCCUCUUAGUGAUGGCCCUUAGUAAUUGUGCAAAUUUUGGUACCGAUCGGAUGUGUCUACGGACCCUCCAAAAAUUUCAAAGUUUAUAUGGAAAUUAGUAUGGAAAAUCGGGUAAAAUUGAAAAUAAAUUCUUAAAAAAUCACCUCAUCAAUCAAUUCAUGAGAAAACUAUAUAUUUCUAAAGGUAUUCUUCUACUGAACGCAUUCGUGGAACAUUGUAAGUUUGUAAAAAUUCACAGAGAAAAGUUAUUAACUAAAGAAGCAGCAUGACUUCAAAACAAGUGGGUUUUAUUAUUAAUCAUACCAACCCCGCUUGAAUUGCUGCAUCUGCCAUACACGAGCGUUGGGUAGCAAGCCUAGUUUACACUUGUAUAACGUUAAGUUUUGGGAUCUAUUGGUCUUCAAUCGUCUUAAAUAUAAAAGGGUUUCGGGAAAAAAAUCCAUAACUCCGCCAAAUAUCAAUAUAUUUUUGUAAACUUAUGCUAGUUUAUUUCACUGAAGAAUGUACAACCAAAAUACUAUAGGUUUGAUGUAAAAAAAUCAUUGCUUUAUGCCUUUCCCUAAAUUCAAACAUUCUUGAAAUUUUUCUCACAAAAAGUUAUGCAACCUCUUAAACGCCGAUUUCAUCAUCCUUGUUUAACGCAUAAGCCAGGUUUAAACGUACUGGUAAAUCUGGUUUAAAAGUCAAGCGCUGGUGAAAAGAUCGGCCCUAGAAGCUACAAACGUCAAUACUAUGCACAAUGCUAUAUUUCUCCUUAGUGGAGAACAAUUUUGGUAAAAACUACUUUUGCUCCAUUAAGGAGAAAAUUGUUUAAAGUCAUCUUUGCGUGUGACUAGGGGUUUGCUCAGGAACCUAAAUCAGCAUCACGAUCGACUAGGGGUUUGCUCAGGAAUACAAAUUGUGUCUCCGUUUUUGGGAGCUAGCGUUAAUCCGGCGCUAGCUUAGUCUGUUAACAAAGUUAAUGUCGGAUUCUGAUGAGAAGAAGUCGAAACGCAAAUUCCAUAACUAAUUUAGACACAAACUAAUUGAAUAAUCCACCAGCCGUGCACAGCUCGCCAAUAUUUCCUUCUCGGUAUUGUACAGGCGGAGAUACUCCGUUGCUUCAAAAAGCUACUAAGAAAAAUCUUACUAUAUCGUAGAAUAUCAAUAAAAAAACCACUAUAUUUGUUCCUUUAUACCCCGUAAGGGCUUUUUUAUACGGAGUGAUAGCCAAAUAAAAAAUGGAGACAAAGAAGCCCUUACAGAGAAUAAAUAAAUAAAAAAUCGUUCAAAAGUUUCAUGGUGUAUUUAAUGAUCUCUUUCUAUGAAAUAUGUAAUAAAAACACUGAGAACUGACAUACAAGUAAAGUUUUCAACUUGUGUAAGAAAUUAAACUGUCGCUUUGAAAUGACAACAGCAAGUAGCAACUUGCCACUGAUCGGCGCUUCGAUUGGUCGGCAAUCGCUAUACGGGACUUGUACGCAAACUUGAAUGCAAUGGUAACUCACGCAUGCAAACCUGCAUGUGAUGGUGAUUUUCAACGUAUUUUCAUGUAAAUGUUUACACAGGUUUUUCGGGAAUGUUUGUUCUAGCUUAUAUGUCUGUUCUCUGUGAUAAAAAGUAAGGUUAUAAAUGAAAAAUUUCAUAGCUGGUCUUGUGGGAAAUUUAAUAAAGUCGAUAGCAACAAAAUUUGCCAACAGUGGGAAACUCAUCAAUAUUUCGCACAGUAGAUAGAGGCUACGAGUUUGUGCACUGGAUAACGAACAAAGCGAUAGGUAAAUUGUUUGCUUACUUCACUGUUGUGUAUAGUGGAUUUUUUUUUCUUCGGCUCUGUGCGAGAUGUGAAAAAUCUUUUGAAUUUAAACUAUUUGUAGCUACUAAGUUUCAGCUAAAACAUGAAGAACUUUGAACUUGGAAAUUGAAAAGAGAAACGACAAAGCACUAGGGAUCUUCGUCCGAUUGUCCUACGUUUUCACUUACCUGAUCUUACACUUAUCUAUAUGAUCGAAAUAAAUUUGAUUUAUCUCAUUGGUAAAUAUUAUGGUAAAUUGGUAAAUAUUAUGGUAUACUCACUAAAAAGGUGUUUAAAAAAGAAAAUCAAUUGGUUCGUGGAACCCUGUUAAUUUGUGAAGCUCUUCAAGGCAACCCAGCCACAGGUAAUAGUUUUAAGCAACAUUCUACUCAGAAGGAGAACAUUUGGCAGCUAGAAUACACGGAACCGUUUAAAAUGGUACACUUAUUGUAAAUAAUAGUUUGUUUUGUACAUAUAGCAUUUUAUUAGGACAAAUGAUGAUACUUGUUACCCAUUUUGUAUAGUUUAAUUUGAUAGAACCCAGAGAAAUAACAUCGCACCUGUACUAUAUAAAAUAAUCUAGCUAAUAGUAUGAAAAUCAGAUCCCCAUGCGAGUGCAUUUUGUUUCAAAUUGUACAGACUGAACUAAUAUAGUCAUGUAAUUAGUGAAAACUUUUUCUACACACCCGAUUGCGACCGAUACGCGCGUUGCAUCCUUAUUUUUUCUACCAACUUCAGAAACAAGCCAAAACAAGCGAACCGAACUUUUUUCACACUCUAUUGAGCGAAUAUAAAAUCUGUCUCGCGAGAAAAUUCAAUUAAAUUUCGAUUUAGUACACGUUGGCAAGGAAAAGGCAAGGUCCAAUAAAUAAACGUAAUACAUAAAAGAA